AUGAGGCACUUUGCUGAUGAAGAGAUCCUCGGACUCGGUCAGAAACCACCUGGCACUCGUGAAGAGACUCCAGCUUUCUCAGAUAUGAACGCUACCCCCAUUGCUAACGGCAUGAACCAGAGCAGUUUGGUGUGCUUCCCCUUGAUCUCUGAGAGUAGGAAGCUUGUGUGGGUGCAUUCGCACCAGAUCGACUCCCAGAUACACGGCGCUGCGGAGCUGGACGAGGCCUUUGACAGGUUUCCCUACCUAACACACAGACAGACCGCCGAACUGGCAGAGAGUUGCCACCUGCAUCCAGACCAGGUGAAGGCGUGGUUCAUGGCACAGAGGCUCCGCUACGGCAUCAGCUGGGACUAUGAAGACAUCCGUGAGGUCCAAAGGAAGUUCAACUCAAGUCAGGAAAAGAAGGAACUUCAAGACGGGACGGAGAGAGAAGUAAUGGAGGACGGAAGAGAGAAGAGAAAGGUGAAAGCAGCUGGUGGGAAUGCAAAGAGAAGAGGAGUGAGAGGAGACAGCGCAAAUGUUAAUGAGCAGUUGAAGAGAGAAAUGAAGAAGGAGCUACCAGUGAAGGAGAAAAAAAGCAGCAUGCAAAAGCGAAAAAGGACAACAGCAACAGAACAGAUGGGAAAGAAGAUCGUGAAGCAAGAUGAGGAGGAGAUGAUGGAUAAAGUGGAAAGUGGUGGAGAAAAAUGCCCCAAGCGUCGUGGCAGAAAAAGAAAAAAACCAAGAGUGAACAAAAGUUGCAUGCAAGAGGAGAGUAAUGCACCUCCGGCUCCCAGCUCUCUGCUCGGCCCCCAGGCUGAAAACCAAACUUCUGAUGCAUCUCCAGCGCCUGACAACCAGACACGUCUGCUGCAGAGAGCCGGCGAUCCCCGCUCCACCAUAGACGGCGACUUCAGGGGGGAAGAAGAAAUCGAGGGUGCAGAUCUGCAAGCAGAGCCGGACCACAGCGUUUUCAUCACUGACAUUGACAAACUGAAGGCCCUCAUCGAAGUGAAAAACAGCCCCUCUUCUGCCGAGCCUACACCUACUACUCGGCUCCACUGCAAGACGCCGGCCCAGCUGGCGAUGAUGAAGAUGGCGUUCCUGCAAUGCCAGUACCCAGACAAGGAGCAGUACAGCCGUCUGGCAAGGCUGGUCGGUGUGCCACGCUUGGCGGUGGCUCGGUGGUUCGGCGACACGCGCCAUUUCAUUAAGAUAGGGAGGCCUCGCUGGAUGAAUGAGGAGCAGCACCAUCAGGUACUGGGCAACGUCAUGUAUCAGCAGUACAUGAACGCGAUGACUAAAAUAAAGUUGCCCAAUAGCAUGAACUCCUGGAUUAUGAUGCUCGAAGGGAACAAAGGCUACAGCGAGGAGAAAAAUGUGAAGAUCCCUCCAGAGUAG